UGCAUCCAUGUUGCUACAAAUGCCAUUAUUUCAUGGGACAUUCAUUUUAUUUUUAUUUUAAAUUUUAUUGGCUUAUAAUUGACUUACACUGUUGUGGCAGUUUCAUGUACAGCAAAGUGAAUCAGUUAUACAUAUACAUAAACCCAUUCCUUUUCAGAUUCUUUUUCCAUAUAGGUCACUACAGAGUUUUGAGCAGAUUUCCUUGUGCCGUGCAGUAGGUCCUUGUGUUCAUCCAUUCCAUAUAGAGUAGCAUGUAUAGGGAUAUUCUUUUGGGGGGCGGGGAGGCUGCUUUUUACAGCUUCACCUUUGGCAUAUGUAAGUUCCCAGGCUAGGGGUGGAAUCAUAGCUGCAGCUGCCAGCCUACACCACAGCCGCAGCAAUGCCAGAUCCAAGCCACAUCUGUGACCUGUGCCAAGCUUGCAGCAACACCAGAUCCUUAACCCACCAAGCAAGGCCAGCAGUCAAACCCGCAGCCUCAUGGAUACUAGUAGGGUUCUUACCACUGAGUCACAAUGGGAACUCCCAUAGGGACUUUCAUUUUAAAAGAGAAAAUGAAAGUGUUCCUGGUAGUAGUGGUAGAAGCAAGGAAAGGAAGGCAUUAUUGAGACCUUGAUCAGUUAAAGAAAACAACUCCUAUGUAAAACAUUAAGACUUUAUGAGUAAGUUUCAAAUGUAUGGCACAUUCCUGUCAGUGAACAUUGUUCUUGCCUCUUUACAGACAAUUUCCAUGAACUAUAUGGAAAUAGGGAACCAAACAGCUAUGUCAAAAUUCAUCCUUCUGGGAUUUUCAGAAGAUAUGGACCUGCAGCCCCUCCUCUUUGGGCUGUUCCUGUCCAUGUACCUGGUCACUGUGUUUGGGAAUCUUCUCAUCAUCCUGGCUGUCACCUCUGACUCCCACCUCCACACCCCCAUGUACUUCUUCCUCUCCAACCUGUCCUUCACCGACAUCUGUUUCACCUCCACCACCCUCCCCAAGAUGUUAGUGAACAUCCAGAUGCAGAACAAAGCCAUCACGUAUGAGGGCUGUCUUACCCAGAUGUAUUUUUUCAUGAUUUUCGCUGGGCUAGAUGAUUUGCUACUGACGGUGAUGGCCUAUGACCGGUUCGUGGCCAUCUGUCACCCUCUGCACUACACAGUUAUCAUGAGCCCUCGCCUUUGUGGUCUCUUGCUUCUGCUCUCUUGGUUAAUCUGCCUGACAUAUUCUUUGGUUCAAAGUUUGAUGGUUUUGAGGGUGUCCUUCUGCCAAGAGACAGAAAUUCCCCACUUCUUCUGCGAGCAUGCUCAGAUUCUCAAGCUUGCCUGCUCUGACACCCUUGUCAAUGACAUCGUGCUGUAUUUUGUAACUGGCCUGCUGGGUGUUAUUCCCCUGAUUGGGAUCCUUUUUUCUUAUUCUAGAAUUAUCUCCUCCAUAAUGGGCAUUUCGUCAGCUGGCAGGAAAUACAAAGUCUUUUCCACUUGUGGGUCUCACCUCUCAGUUGUCUCCUUGUUUUAUGGUGCAGGCCUUGGGGUCUACCUCACUUUUGGAACAGCCCAUCCCUCCAGGAAGGGUACAAUAGCCUCAGUGAUGUACACAGUGAUUGCCCCCAUGCUGAACCCUUUCAUUUACAGUCUGAGGAACAGGGACAUGAAGGGGGCCCUGAGGAGACUUUUCACUAGAGGAAUAUACUCUCAGUGAGAUAACAAAGUUAAGGGCAGGCAACAGAGACCCCAAGGGCUGAUAACUGGUGUGCCUGAAUAUGUAAUCUGAAAAUAUAGAAAAGAAACACUAUUUAUGAUAGAGAAGAAAACAUUCCUGACAAAGACAAUCUUGAAGCAGCACACUGAUGCUCAGUCAAGG